CAUCAUUGAUGUGUCCAAUCGGUCGGCAAGAGCAUGAAGUUCGUUUCAGUUUAUGUGCUGGUGUUGCUCUUGGCAAGCCAAGCAGCAUGGGGUCGAGAUAUACCUUUGCUUCGAGAUAUUCCGGAGGAUGCUCCGGAAGAUGUGCCGGAAUUUGUUGGAUUUGCCACUGGAUGCUCUAUUCCGCUGAAUAAUGGCUUGCCACAACCUCAGCCACUGUUUCUCAUCCCGGGCACGGACCAAUUCCGGUACCCAUCUACGUCCAGUGGUGCUCUGACGCUGAACGCGGGAGAAACGCUUGAGCUAGCCUGUGCGGCUGGAUUCUCUCUGUACCCAGAGGAAACAUCCAUUAAGGUGACGUGUGUGAUCGACGAUCAGUUCAACUACGAGAGCAAAAUGUACAGCUUUAGUGAAUUUUCCUGCACGGCUAACUGGCGCAGCGUGGCACGCCGUACUACAAGCCGUUGCUAUAAUGACGCCACGAUAGUAGAGAUUGGCUUUGAGUUGGGCGCACGGUUCCCAAAGGUGCUGGACGUUUGCCACGAUGAGGUGACGUUCGACAAUCACUAUCUGGUGCACGAGUUCACGCCGGCUAAUGCAGGAUUCCAGCAGGGCGUAGCACGUCCAGGCUGGAUACAGGGUAACUUCUACAGCGGUGUGACCGUCAAUACACUGUACACGGUAAACAUGCAGCGAGAGACGAUCGCAACCAUCCUCAGCUCGCAGUCGCGUGCGGAUGAGCUAGUGCAAACGACAAACAAUGGUAUCUAUAUGGCGCGGGGACACAUUGCGGCUCGAGCAGAUUUCGUCUAUGCCACGCAACAAAAUGCUACCUUCUGGUUCCUGAACGCUGCUCCCCAGUGGCAGAACUUUAACGCUGGUAACUGGGAGCGCAUCGAGUCGUCCGUCAAGACAUUCGUUGCAUCUCGCAAUAUCCGCGUCCGAGUGUAUGGAGGAACGUGGGGCGUCCAAACGCAAGCUGAUGGUAAUGGUGAUCACCAUCAGAUCUUCCUGGACUUUGAUGCUAACGGACGCACUCGUUUGCGGGCACCGAAAGUUUACUACAAGAUCCUGCACAACGAAGCCAACAACUCGGGCAUCGUGCUGAUCGGUGUGAACAAUGUGCACAUCUCGCUGGAAGAGAUCCAACGGGACUACAUCUUCUGCACGGACGUAAGCAGCCGCAUCACUUGGAUCAAUUGGGACCGGGAAAACCUAGCCCGUGGCUAUUCGUACGCAUGCGAGGUGAACGAGUUUAAUCGCGUCACGGGCCAUCUGCCACAGCUGAAUGUAGCGAGUCUGCUGAUAUGAGAAGCAGG